CACUUGCUGCAGCCGUCUCGUGUUCCGUGUCUUCUCGUGACUCGUUUGCUCGCUCCUCCGCACGCCGCGGCCGCCACCUCCUCCGAUCGCAAUGGAAGAAGAAAUUGCCGCGCUUGUCAUCGACAAUGGCUCUGGCAUGUGCAAAGCUGGCUUUGCUGGGGAUGACGCUCCUCGGGCUGUGUUCCCGUCUAUCGUGGGGCGCCCCCGACACCAGGGCGUCAUGGUGGGCAUGGGGCAGAAGGACAGCUACGUGGGCGACGAGGCUCAGAGCAAGCGCGGCAUCCUGACCCUCAAGUACCCCAUCGAGCACGGCAUCGUCACCAACUGGGACGACAUGGAGAAGAUCUGGCACCACACUUUCUACAACGAGCUGCGCGUGGCCCCCGAGGAGCACCCUGUGCUGCUGACAGAGGCCCCCCUGAACCCCAAGGCCAACCGUGAGAAGAUGACUCAGAUCAUGUUCGAGACCUUCAACACUCCGGCUAUGUACGUGGCCAUCCAGGCCGUGCUGUCCUUGUACGCCUCUGGCCGCACCACUGGUAUUGUCAUGGAUUCUGGGGAUGGAGUCACCCACACUGUACCCAUCUAUGAGGGGUACGCCCUGCCUCACGCCAUCCUGCGUCUGGACCUGGCUGGCCGGGACCUGACAGACUACCUCAUGAAGAUUCUCACGGAGCGUGGCUACAGCUUCACUACCACGGCUGAGCGGGAAAUUGUGCGUGACAUCAAGGAGAAACUCUGCUAUGUCGCCCUGGACUUCGAGCAGGAGAUGGCCACUGCUGCCUCUUCAUCCUCCCUGGAGAAGAGCUAUGAGUUGCCUGACGGUCAGGUGAUCACCAUCGGCAACGAGCGGUUCCGGUGUCCAGAGGCACUGUUCCAGCCGUCGUUCUUGGGUAUGGAGUCUUGUGGCAUCCACGAGACCACCUUCAACUCCAUCAUGAAGUGUGAUGUCGACAUCCGCAAGGAUCUCUAUGCCAACACUGUGCUGUCUGGUGGGACCACCAUGUACCCCGGCAUUGCCGACAGGAUGCAGAAGGAGAUCACGGCGCUGGCCCCCAGCACGAUGAAGAUCAAGAUCAUUGCUCCUCCUGAACGCAAGUACUCAGUGUGGAUCGGGGGUUCCAUCCUGGCCUCGCUGUCUACCUUCCAGCAGAUGUGGAUCAGCAAGCAGGAGUACGACGAGUCGGGCCCUUCCAUCGUCCACCGCAAAUGCUUCUAAAUGGACUGUGGGCAGAUGCGUAGCAUUUGCUGCAUGAGUGAAUUCAGAAGUAUAAAUUUGCUCUGGCAAAUGUAUACUCCUCUUGCUAGCCUCAUGAAACUGGAAUAAGCCUUUGAAAAGAAAUUUGUCCUUGAAGCUUGUAUUUGAUAUCAGCACUGGAUUGUAGAACUUGUUGCUGAUUUUGACCUUGUAUUCAAGUUAACUGUUAUCUUGGUAUGUGUUUAAUACCCUGUACAUAUCUUUGGUUUAAUCCCCUGGUACACCCAGCUUGGUCACCUGGUGGCUGAGGUGAGAACAUGUCCAUGGAAGAGAAGUCCAUUGGCUUGAGAAUUUGAGACCGAGUUUCUUGAUCUGUGCAGGGUAUUAACGUGUAACAGCUGCCUGUUCCAGGGUUUCUCUGGAGGCUGGCCAGAGUCCUUGAGCAGUUGUCAUUUCUGUCUUGCUGGUCUGAUGGGACUGGGAAGGGCCGAGCCUUAGGACCCACUUUCCUUUCUCCCUUGAUGUUUUCCCACCAGAACACCAUGGGUUGUUACCUGCCUUGAGUUGGGAAACGGUUUGCAUUUACACCUGUAAAUUUAUUCAUUCUUUUAAUUUAUGUAAGGUUUUUGUACGCAAUUCUCAAUUCUUGAGAUGACAAAUUUUGGUUUUCUACUGUCAUGUGAGAACAUUGGGCCCCAGCAACGCGUCCUUGUGUGAGGAAAUAAAGUGCUGCAGUGAAC